UGUUCGCCUUGAAGACAUUGAGUUGAUGAUAGACAGCGACUACUCUGGAGAACUGCGACCCUCUAUGGAAAAUGCUAUUGAGCGAAAAUGGUCGAGGAUUGUUGGACCUGAAUUUGAGAUUGUGGUUGCCCAGUUAAGCAAGUUUGAAGAAGGAGGUGGACUGGGCAUCAGUCUGGAAGGAACAGUGGAUGUAGAGGGUGGAAGAGAAGUUCGUCCUCACCACUACAUCCGCUCCAUCCUACCUGAUGGUCCGGUAGGGAAGAAUGGACGUCUGUGCAGCGGUGACGAGCUUCUUGAGGUUAAUGGACAGAAGCUACUUGGUCUGAAUCAUGUGGAAGUUGUUGGCAUCCUAAAGGAGCUCCCUCGAUAUGUGCGUCUAGUUUGUGGUCGUCGAGCUCCAGGAGCUCCCCCGCCUCUACACCCUAUUGAUGCGCCCACAGCAGAUCGUGAUGCCUUCGCUGCAAGGAAUAUUCUUGGUGGUUCUCUACAAAACCUUAUCCCAGGAUCAGAACGUCUGGUAAAGGCUAAGUCUGACGGCUCCCUAGCAUCUUCAGCGACGGCAGCCAAUAGCGACACUUCUUUCAAUCGCAUGAAGAGUCGUAGCCUGGAACCUCUAACUGGCCUUGCAAUGUGGAGUUCAGAAUGCCAGGUCAUUGAACUCACUAAGGGAGACAGGGGCUUGGGCUUCUCAAUUCUUGAUUAUCAGGAUCCAUUAAAUCCUCAAGAAACUGUUAUUGUGAUCCGCUCACUAGUUCCUGGAGGAGUAGCUGAAAAAGAUGGCAGACUAAUUCCUGGUGAUCGAUUGGUUGCUGUCAAUGGAACCAAUCUUGAAAAUGCGACUCUAGAUCAAGCAGUGGCAGCCCUCAAGGGAGCACCAAAGGGCAUUGUGUCAAUUGCAGUUGCCAAACCUAUCAGCGUUCUGGAGUCAACUGGCCAGAUCCGUUCCCCAGAUUCUGACGAUCCCACGGGCGCCACACACCCCAGGAGGAGUCUGUUGGACGCCAUCUUGGGCGAGCUGGGCUCUCCGGCUGACAGUGAGCUUAACGACCAGCAGCUGAUGGACAGAUCUGUCGGAGACGACGAGUACGACGAAUACGACGUACGACUCCCAGACUCCGACGACCUUCUUGACGACGAGGACGACGUUGAUAUCUCCGACGACCAGAUGUACCGCGGCCACAGGCACUCUGGAUCCAUAUUAUCGAGUGGGUCUGAGGUACCUCCCCUGCCCCUGACCUCUCCUCCCCACACCCCCGCCUUCCCCACCGACGAGGAGGAGGAAGAGAUUACAGAAUAUGACAAUGAGCUGAGGUGUGGCGAGGCUGAGGAGGUGGAGGGGGAGGUUAUCUCAGACUCCAGACACCCUGGGCUCACCCUCAGCUUAACGUCACCCUCGGCUCUGCUACCUCCCAGCACUCAUCAUCCCACCGAGAUUGUCUCCCCCGUCAACAUAUACAAGGCGUCGGUUCUGAUGGUUCCAGUAGCAACAGAGCGUCUGAUUGGCAGCGGUCCCACCAUCACCACCACCACCAGCACCACCACUACCACCACCACCACCGCCGGCACCACCAUCACCACCUCCACCACCCACCACCAGCCACCACCACCACCAGCCUCCCACCAACCAUCUCAAGCGGUGUGCUGGGAUGAAGAGCAGCAAGCAUCACCCCACACCUCCCCACAGCUCCCCAGAUGGGCCUUGCAGAUCCCAACCCUCCCCAAGGACCUCGAGCGAAGUAUCAAGAUCAAGAAGGGAGCCGAUCAGCUGGGAGUGAACAUCGAGGUGGUGGAUCAGGGUGUGAACGGCGUGGUGGUAUCUUCACUGGUGAGGAACGGCGCUGUUCACAAGGACGGUCGGCUUCACGCUGGAGACCUCAUUCUUAGCGUCAACAACGAGUCCAUGAGGAACAUUACGAACUCGCAGGCCCGGGCCAUCCUUCGUAGGACUCAACUGGUUAGCACAGAUGUCAGCAUCCUCUACAUUCGGGGUCAAGACGCAGCUGCAUUCCGGGAAGCUUCUCUCCUGCAGUAUCGUGAAGGACAGCAGCAGCAGCAAAGCCAGCAGGUGCAGCAGUCACACCAGCAGACUAGUCCAAGGAUCUUCCCGAAGUACUACAGGUCUCCAUACAUUCCCCGUGGGGACAGUUCAGAAGACGAAGCUGCCAGCGGAAUUGGCAGUGAUCUCACUCGCUCAAUCACUGCCCCCUCUUUCAUUACUCGUGAUCUCAGGUCACGGGAUCAUAGCCAUGACGAUCUCCUUGGGUCAGUCUCCAGCCUUCCGCAGGGCCAACAGUUAGAUAGUGAAGCUGGAGGACUUACGGUAAUCAAUAUCAAACACGCCCUAAGCGAGACUUUAGUGGAGUCACGCACUGAUGAAUCUAAUGUUUCUUCUAUCCAUAUUGGAGGUGAAGAUAGAAACCUAGAAGAUGACGGAGAGGACAGGCCAUUUACAAUAACUUUCAAGAACGUCUCUGAAGCACGACCAGAAUACGGUCCUAAAGUAGACCUUGAACCGGAAUCUGAAGACCAUGAGGUUUUAGAUGUUCUCCAAGACAAUGGCGUAAGUUUGGGUCGACCUCCUGGAGGUGAUCCUUAUAUUUAUACUAACCCAGAAAGCUUUACUAAUCUACAUAUUUUAACUGGGACUAACGUUUCAUGUGUCACUAAUGAGUUUUUAUUGGACAGUCGUGCAGGGAAUUUUUUAUCUGGAGUUGAUGGUGCUUUCCAGACAGCCGAUAACUUUGAGCUUUCCAGUAGUUCUUCAGCUAACCUUCAACAGCCAUCAGCGUUAAGAUUAGUUAGGUUUGCAGAAUCUAAAGGAAAAAGUGAACAUAGUGAAUCAUCUGAUUCAAGUGCUGAAAGAAGUAGCUCUUUACUUGUCGAGUGUGAUUCUGAUAGACAUUCCAUUAGUGACUUUUUAUCGGAUGACUUAAAUCCACCAAGUGCGAAGUUGGUGGUAGCUCAUAUAACAGAUGUUGAAAAUGUUGUACAGAGGCGUACUAUAACAAGUUCCAAAUCUUUCGAAGAAACAUCACGUAUCAUAACUCCGUACAUUGAAAGACAAUACAGUGAGAUCAUUCCUGACUCUAUAUAUCUGGCUCAAGAGCAUUUGAUCCCGAAACCUAAACAAAUUACAGAACCUAUUGGUGGAAAUAGUUCAACAACGGGAGAACGAAAUAGGAUUGUAAGAAGUGAAUCUUAUUCUAUUUGUAUACCCAGUCGUUUAUCUCCUAGUGAAGAAUUAGUAAAAAUUAAGCAAAGUCCACUUAACGGCUUUGAACGUGUGCAGCAAACUCCUUUAAUAAGUGAUAGAGAAACAAAAAUAUCAAAAUCUGGUUUAAUUUAUAGCAAAACAAAGUUUUCACCAGAAAGUAAUCAGGCUCCAGCUAUUACAACCACAACAACAACCACUAAAGCUGCAUAUUCUGUUGGAGCAACAUUAACUACAAGUAUAUCAACUACAGUGUCCUCCUUAUCAAACUCGGAUAAAACAAACAUGACUGUCACACAGGGUAUUACUGUGGCAGCCUCUGAGGGUCGCUCUGCUUCUUCGAGCCCCAUGUUGGAUGGCAAACACUGGGGUCCUGAACGCACAGUUGAGGUGCGUCGGGAUGACAAGAAUUCUCUUGGUAUUUCAAUUGUUGGUGGGAAGGUGGAUCUUAGUUGGUCUGGGUCUUCUGUAACAGGAAUCUUCAUCAAAAAUGUUCUUCCUGAGUCUCCUGCAGGGAAAGGAGGCCAUUUAAAGACUGGUGACCGCAUUUUAGAGGUAGAGGGAAUUGACCUUCGAGAAGCAACUCAUGAAAAGGCAGUGGAAGUUAUCAAGAAAACUGGUAAUCCAGUUACCUUCGUUGUGCAGAGCUUAGUACAGUGGACAUCAUCUAACUCGGCCCCUCCUUCACGUGAUGUGAGUCGACUUGGUACCAGAUAUCCCACCUCAAUUACUCCAGCAAGAACACCCACGCCAGAACUUAUUCAGGCCAGCACUCCACUCAGCGAAGGCAGCUCCCAUCAGCAGCAGAGCCAACACUUUGGAAGACACCAUCCUCCAGACCCAAGAGCCUCCUUUCCAGUGGCUCCCCCAAUACCUGAAACUUCAACUCCAAUUCACGAAUUGUAUCCAGAGCCGGUGAGAUUUGUGACAGAAUCACCCAUAUCAGAACCAGAUGAUCCAGAUCCGCUGGUAAAUCCUUAUUAUUAUUAUGCUCGUGCUGCACUAGCUCACUGGCAUGUGCGUGCACAAAGACCUCAGGAGCAACAACAAGUGACCGAGGGGGAUGGCAGUGGUAGUGAUCAGGAAAAUAGUACAAGCAGUAGUAGUGAAAGUAGUACAAUGAGUCGAAGGUUUCUAGACCUUAGAAAUUUUAAUCCCAGUUAUGGCGUUCAGUUAACGAGACCUAAUGGAAGUAAACUUGACACUCCUCCCUCAGAUGCUCCUUUAAUGGACACUCCUCCAUCUGAUGUGCCCACAGUGGAUGAUUCACCAACUGAGGAGCCUCAGCAGUGUGAGCAUAGUGAAGCUGAUCUUGAGCAGAGUGAAUAUUUGGUUACUGACCUGCCUUGUGAAUCAACUAUUGUUGAAUGUGAACAAAGUGAAACCACAGAAAUUCACCUUAAGUUAACUGAUUUAGUGCAUAAAGACUUAAUAGAAAGUGAGCUUAUACAUAGUGACCCUCACAUUUUUGUUCCUCAGUGCAAUACGUUUGAAUAUGAUAAUGAAAGUGACCCUUUAUCGGCCAGAGUUGUGCUAGAUGACUUCCCGCUAGACCCGCCUCUGGAUGACCCACCUGUAGGAACAUACACUUAUGAUUGGCGAACGGACCCACACCUGUAUCAGGGCUUGUGGUAUGUACAAGGAUCAGUCAGCGAACGCUUAGCAGCUCAAGUUCCCACGCAACCAGUCUCCCCUUACGACAGCCCUGCUCAUUCACCCACCGUUAAUACGCCCACCACCGAACAGGUGAGGCUGCCCGCUAGCAUUCCAUCCACUCAUGCCUCUUUAACUUCACUUUUCUAGAUAUCCCAUGUCUUC